AUGUCGUUAUCUACACUUCAAGAUUCCGAAAAAUUUAUAGAAAUCUUUCCUAAUCUAUAUAGAGCCACAUUUAAUCUUCAUUUCGGACCUUUACAAUGUCCAGUUUCUGUAUUCCUUAUUAACGUUGAACCAUCCAACAAUACUUGGAUUUUAAUAGAUGCCGCAGAUCCUAAUAACAUUUCAAAACUUUUCACAGCUUUAUCUCAACAUUUUUCAAAAUUUCCGAACUAUCAACUUAAAUAUAUUUUAUUAACACACGGUCACUUUGAUCAUACUGGAUCUAUCUCAAAAUUACUAAAUGAAUAUAAAGAUAUAAAACUCGUUUUAGGUGAACCAGAAACUUUUAAUACAAAUUACAAACAUGUAAAUGGUAAUACUCAUACACAACAUCUAACAACUGCUGAGGGGAAAAUAACGGUUAAUAAAGAUAGGAUUGUAUUGAUAAAGCAAGGGAAAGAAGAUGAAUUCGAAUUUUUUAAUGUUUUAAAACCCAUCUUUAUCUCCGAUCAUACUUUAGGUGAGUUAAACGUCUAUAGUACUUAA